AAAAUCAAGUGAAUCUGUCAAAUGAUGAAAGUUGUUUUAUUUCUCGUUUCGUAUUUCUUCAACACCGAAAGAUUUUGAACUAUUGAAAAUAUUUUUAUAUUGAAGUCCCAUCUAAAAUUUAAAAAAAUGUCUGCUCCAAACUCGCCGGCUAAACCUUCUCGGUCUCCGAGUGAUAUAGAGUCUCUGGAGGACUUCGAAAAUAUGGACACAUUGCUAAAACACGUCGACAUCUCAAUUGUUGAAUCUGAGAAACGUGCUAAUGGGACUUUGCACGUUCGAGACCAUUACACAGUGUACCUAAUUGAUCUCAAGGUUACGGAUCCAGAGUAUAAGACUAUACAGCCUAAAAUAAAUACAUUGUGGAGAAGAUACACAGAAUUUGAACAAAUCCACGACUAUCUACAAAUUAAAUAUCCUCAUGUGGUUAUACCACCGCUACCAGAGAAAAGGGUGUUAUAUGCUUGGCAUAAAUCAGACACAACAGACCCUGAGUUUGUGGAGCGUCGGCGGGCAGGCUUGGAGAACUUUCUGCUGAGAGUGGCGUCACACCCAGUGCUCUGCUUUGAUGACCAGUUCUUCACCUUCCUGCAGCAGGAGCACGGCUGGAGGGAAACUAUCACUGAUACUGGAUAUUUACUGCAAGCAGAGAAUAAGUUCAAAUCCUUAUCCCUGUCGAUAAGAUUGAAGAAACCAAAUCCUGAGAUAGAAGGCAUCAAACACUAUGGGAAACAACUAGAAACUAAUUUAGGAAAUUUUCUAUACACUAGGUCCAAAAUCAUAGAGAAGAACUUUGCGCUAUGCAAGCUACACGCGAACUACGGGAAGCUGUUUAGCGAAUGGAGCGUCAUAGAGAAGGAAAUGGGCGACGGACUGCAGAAAGCUGGCCAUUACUUUGACUCAAUAGCGGACAGCAUCGACUCGGUGGCGGAGGACGAGGAGCAGCUGGCGGACCAGUUCAAGGAGUACCUGUUCUUCGCGGCGGCGCUGCGGCAGCUGUGCAGCGGACACGAGGCGCGGCAGCUGGCGCUCGAGACCGCUGAGGAUACGCUUAAUAAUAGGAUAGCGGAACGCAAGCGCGCCGCCGCCGGCAAAUCAGGCCUGAUGUCGCGACUCUUCGGCACCACAGACCCGGACAUCGUGCGAGACCAGGCCACGCGCGCGCUCGACGCCAAAAUACUACAGGACCAGCAGGCCAUAGACAAGGCCAAGCUGGACCUAGAGGACUUCACGAAGAAGGUGUCAAUAGAGAUUGAACACUUCUACAAACAGAAAGACAAAGAUCUCCACGAGUCCCUGGUGGGAUUCAUCUCGUUACAAGUGAAAGCUGCAAAAAAGAAUUUGCAGGCGUGGACCCAAAUCAAAGAAUGCCUUCAAAAUAUGCCUUGAGCGCCCUUGCCCCACAUAUACGGGUUUUUAUACCAAAUUGUACAGAUUUGUCUAUUUAUUAAUACUUUUACCUUUUUAAUACUUAGUCUGUCCCACAUUUUUUACCCAAGAAAAAUGAUAUUGAUAUUACCUACCUGAUAAAUGAUUAUAGAUCUAGUUAUUGAAUAACGCUUAUCAAUAAUUUAGAAACUUUAUUUAAAUCAAUAAAUACUUUUAUGUAUCUAUGUUAUAUUUUAGCUAUUUUAAGUCAUUGUAAAAUAAGUUCCCUAAUCGAAAAAUGCCUUGAAUUUAAAGAUAGCCAUUAUAUAAAUAAUAGAACAACAUUUUAUGUAGCUUUGAUACAUAAUUAGGAAUAUGUAAGAAAUGUCAAGUAUUCGAUGGGUGGGAAUGCUUUGUAUUGUAGCUAAAGAAAUAGUUAGCGAUCGCUAACACUCGAGUGAAAUAAACUUAUAAAAAACAAACAUAUCUUGAAAUAUAUCACGAGACUACGUUUGAAGUUGAAAAUUUGGAAAAUCCUCAAUGUGUUUGUAUACUUCGGUCUGAGAUUUUUAUUAUGAUCUAUAUUAUAACAGAUUGUUCAAAAUCUAUAUACAUACUUAUAGGUAAUUUUUAAAAGUAUUUACCUACCGCAUGCUGACAAGAUAAGAUAUGAAACACUUUUCAAUGCAGACUGACAAAACAUUCUGAUAUUUUGACGCAAACUAAACAGCUACCUUGCCUUAUUGAAAUACAUAAACAAUAAUGUUUAGAAAGCCUUUUAUAUGUAUAUAUGUAUGUGCAUUGUGUAGGUGUAAUACAAUGCUUCGUUUCGGUACAAAUAUGGGAAAAUAAUAUUAUUAUGAAUUCGAGUGAAUAUUUUAUAUGAAACGAAAAUACGUGCUCAAGAUACAAAUGAUUAAUUCAUGAGCAUAUUAUUGUAAUUAAAAAUAUUCAUACAGGAAAGUGUCUUUUCCCUUGAGAUUAAUUUUAAAUUAGGAUUUGUGGCUUCAAAGUGGUGUUAUUGUAGCAUGUCCUGUAGGUGAAAAGAAAUUCCUAUUUUCUUAUAUGUAGACGUUGUGAUAAGUGAUAAUCUUUAUGCAUCUUUAUAUUUUCACAUUAUUCCAUUUAUUGGCCCUGAUUUGUUUAGUUUCAGAGCACAUUGUUUUAUUUUAAGGUAAGUAUUUUAUUUACCUGAAAACAACUGAUCGAAGUGGUGCAUCAUUUUCCGAGCUUCGCAAUGUGAUCGUUUACACAGUGCUAACACGUGAGUUCUCUGCGGUGCAUAGAUCUUGUUACAGUAUUUUUUAUAUCAAAAUGGGUCAUUUGACUUUAAAGUUCGAGCAGCUACUAUCAUAUUCAUUCAUAGUUAUAAAAGCAGAAUCGAGUCAUACUGAAAUAUUUACGAGUAGACAGUCCGUUUGGCUAUCUGUGCGCUUGAUAGCAGUUGUGUAAACGACCUUAGGUGCUCUGCUCACAUUUCAAACUUAUGUCCCUUAUGCUUAUAAAAAAGUUUCUUUGGAGAAGAUAUUUUUCAGUUCCUGUGUCAGGCCGUUUACUUACUACCUAUAUUUAACGCCCUCCUUCAUUGUUUGGUACAGGGCUUAUAUUGGGAAGUUAAAUAAAAUAUGUAACUGAUUAAUAACACAAUUUAUGUAAAUAUCUGUUGAAGGCCAAAGGUUUCUUUCUUUUCCCAUAUAAUCACAAGUCUCUUCACUUGUGAUAAUUAUACCGUUUUGUAGGUAUCAGUUUAUUUUAUUUUAUUUAACUCUUUAUUGUACAAAUUUUCACUAAAAGUAGUUUAGUGAAAAUUAACAUUUAAGGAAGUAUAUCUUUUGUCGCAAAGUAUUUAGCUAAACUAUAGAUUAUUUAAUAAUUUUGUUAAUUGUUUUAUUAUGUUAUUGCAAAAUGUAUGGAAGUUAAAUAAAACUUUUUUUUCUAUAAAUA